UUCACUCUGCACUUUCGUACGUUGUCGCGCGUUGUCACGGACGCCGUCCAUCUAGUCUAGAAAGUGCAACAUUCUCCGUAUAUCGUCCAGUUCUUAAACGAUUCUGGUGAAUGUUUCAGUAUUUGUAGCUGUGGAACCAGAAAGUCCAAACAAACAUGAACCGGCCACCAUCAGGCGGAGGAAGACGGCCUACAACAGGUGCAAGACCAAAUAGUUCCUUGAGACAAGCUGCACCUGGAACAGCGAUGAGAAUGCCUCAAGGAACAGGGGCUCCUGGUACUGCAAGGCCUGGGACAAGGGGCGGAGUUGUAGGAGGAGUGGGAGUGCUUGAUGCUAAACUUAGUGUCACUGACAGACCAACGACACAGCAAGGAUUAGGAGGAAUGAGAACUGGCAAAAAGGGGCCACAGCGUGUUGUCAUGGACAAGUCUUACUUUCUUGGUAUGCUCCGCACUAAAUUGACUGAACUCCAGACAGAGAAUAGUUCCCUUCAGAGAAACAUCGACCAAGCUAAUGAGGAAAACAACAGCUACCUGUCCUAUGAAAAAAGAGCUGAGAGCCUAGCAAAUACCGUCAAAGAGCUUCAAGGUCAGCUAGCUGACUACAACACCUUGGUGGAUAAACUGAAUACCGACACAGCAAUGGAAGAAAAUCCACCGAUGAGGCAGAAAUACAUGACACUGAAACAGACUAAUGAAUCAUUAGCACGUGAACUGGAGGCACGACAACAGGAACUAGACUCACUCAACACAAAGAAAGAAAAUCUGGAAGAUGAGUUGUCACAUUCCCAGGUGAAGCAGGAGGCUGUUCGACUCUACGAGCAACUCCAUGAACUAGAGGAGAAGAAAGCUCAGCUAAUUGCUGAAGAUAAGACUCGGGGGACACCAACAGAGGAACGAGAACGCCUCCUGAAACAAGUCAAAGAAGAUAAUCAAGAAAUAGCCAGCAUGGAUAGACAAAUACAGGAAUACAGAGAUCAGAUUAACACUCUACAGGAGGAGAUACGACAAUUGGACAUGGAUCUAGAAGAACAUCAGGGUGAAAAGAACAUGAAAUACAAAGAAUUGAAGAAGAGAGAUGAAACAAUGACAGAAUUUUUGGAGAGCUUUGAAGAUACCAAAUCCCAGGAAAUGGAACACAAGGCUAACCUUGAGGAAAACAUUGUUGCUAUCUUGUCUCAUCUGAGUAGGAACUUGGGUCGCACUAAACACAUGCCCAGUCCGCAGGAAUUGGCACGGAUGCAGGAUGAUUUGAGCUUUAAGCAAACAGAGAUGCAGAAAUCGGAGGCUACAGCAACCUCGUUGGCAGGAGAGAGUGCUCGUCUUCAGAUGGACCUUCAAAAGGUAGAGCAAUUGGAAGCUAAGAUUAAUGCUGAGCUGGAGACUUUAAAGGCCAAGAUUGACACCAUGAAUGAAGAACUGGAAAAGUACUCUGACCUCAAUCGACUACGUGCUGAAUCUGACCAAAGAAAACAGAAGUUGCAAGAGGAAAAAGUAACACUGACUACCAGAAGGGAUACCUUUAAGCAGGCUGUGCAAGAACUGUCAGCUCAUUAUGAAGCAACAAAAACUCAGCUAAAUGAGAACGAGACUUAUGCCCAGCUGGGAAACUUGGAACGGAAGUGGCAACAUCAUGAGCAGAACAACUUUGUCAUGAAAGAAUUCAUUGCAGCUAAGAGCAUGGAAAGUGACUACCGCCCUCUAGUGGCCACUGUCAAGACUCAGAUCAGCGACUAUAACAAGUUGAUUCAGGAAAGUCUGACUCGAGGAGUCCAACGCUAAUAGUGGCCCCUGAAGGCCCCUGUUGGGAGAAGAUGUCACAGCACCGUGCUGAUUGAUCCCAUUAAUAUAAAUUUUACAGUGUUUCUUAUUGGCCAUCGUCAUAUUCACUUUGAAAAUGUUGACGUGUUCAACUUGUGAUUUUUCUCCAACUGAAUAUAAUGCAUUGCUUUUAUUUGGUUUUAACUGAAACCGCAUUUUUAUACUCUUGGUUUUCACGUGUGAAUUUGGGUCCGUAUACCUGCACAUGUACACUGUACGUGAGAUUUGGUGCAUAGGUAUUAUACAUGUAUUUGUAUUCACCUACAUGUAUAUACAUAUCUGUUGAUUACUUUGGAAGAUGGAUUAAAUUAUUUGAGGAUCUGCUUUGCAAAAGUUGUUUGAAAAUGGUCCGAGAUUCUAGAAAUAUCUCAUUUUUGCUAGUCUGACAUUUAGUAAUUUAAAUCUAAUGCUUUUGCAUUUUAUUAACAUAAUUUGUUAAUUACAAAGGCCAUAUUCCUACAUGAAAAAGUAACCUUUGGAUAAUUAGCACUGAUUAUGUAGGCCUUUGGGAAAUCCUAUACCUUGGGUCUUUCUGUAUUAUUAAUUUGAUGUGUCCUUCAAUAAAACAUUGAAUUCAUUACCUGGGCCAGUGGUUAUCGUUUUGCAUAGUUGCUGUAUAGAUGACCUUCCAAUUAAAAUCCACUCAAAUGCUAUUUUUUGGGGGCAUUGAAGAGUGAAUUAUGUGCACACUGUAAAUAUUUUUGUGCGUGUAUAAAACAGUUUCAUGACAAAUUUCAUUAUUCACCAAAUUGCUCAUAAAUUUACAUAUUUGGCAUGACAGCAAGUGCUUCUUACAGCUGUUAACAUUUUACCUUUUUGUAGGAAAUGUGUACCAAAGCAUGUGGAUGUACAUGUAUUUACGUCAAAAAUGUGGUGGAAUUUUUGAUGUUUGAAUUUUAGAAUUCAGACAAAAAAGAUAUAUUCGCGAGAGACGUAGAAUAGUGCAAAUAAAUUUCAAAAUCCAGUGAACCAUUCUAGA